AUGAGCUUCGGAUUUGGUGUUGGGGAUUUUCUUGCAGUCAUAGAGAUUGCCCACAGGAUACGGAAGGAAUUCGUGGAAGCACCUGUUCAAUUCAAAGCAAUUGCCGAGGAAGUACGGAGUCUAUCGUUUGUGGUUCAAGAUGUGGAGAUUGAUUUGUCGAGCAAGAGUUUGACCGAAGAGCAACGCAUCGAACUAGAGUCAGUGGUAUUAAGUUGUCAGGCAGUAUUGUUCGAUUUGGAAAAGACGCUCGAUAGCUUCAAGGAGCUAGCGACAGCUGAUCAUACAAAGAGAAGCAUUGCGAAGCGCGCCUGGAAGCGUCUCAAUCGGAUUAACAGCAACAUUGCCCUAUUGAAUUCCAUCAAUGGCAGAGCCGUUAGAAACAAAGUGGCAAAGUUGGUUUGGCAUCAAGACGAUCAAGAGCGCCAUGAUAUUCUUACUUGGCUCUCACCCACAAAUUACGCCACCCAACAAAGUGACUACAUUAGCCGACGACAACAAGGAACCGGUCAAUGGUUGUUGGAUUCAAGUGAGUUUCGGUCUUGGACUUUGGGCCCAAAAGGCACAUUGUUCUGUCCAGGCAUCCCUGGAGCUGGAAAAACAAUCUUGGCGGCCAUCAUCGUUGAAGAACUCUAUGAAAAGUAUGAAAGCGAUCGUGACAUUGCAAUAGCUCAGAUUUAUUGCAACUUCCAACGCCAAAGUGAACAAAAUGCAGUCGCUCUGAUCGCAAAUAUCCUAAGACAGGUCGUCCAAGCGCAGGACUCCCUUCCGGGCGACAUGAAGGCACUGUACGAUCGACACAAGCCCAAAGGUACAAGGCCUGUGAUCAAUGACCUUGUGAAGGUGUUUCAGUCUAUAUGCGGGUCAAGAUAUCGGAAAGUCUAUCUUGUUAUUGAUGCUUUGGAUGAGUGUCAAGUCUCUGAUGGUUCACGAACAACACUUGUGAAACGCAUAUUAGACAUUCAGGCCAAAUGCAACUUGAAUUUACUCGUCACGUCGCGGUUCAGCCCUGACAUUACUGAACACUUCAGAUCCACGCCGAUGCUUGAAAUUCGCGCUACCAAGGCUGAUGUUGAGCGUUAUUUGCACGGGAAUCUGGCAGUUCUUCCAUCUUUUGUUUCUCGGGAUCAGAUUUUACAGGAGCAGCUAUCAUCUGGGAUUGCUGAAGCUGCCGAUGGAAUGUUUCUGCUUGCGCAACUAUUUCUCAACUCAUUCAUUGGCAAACGAUCCCCGAAGGCCAUUAAAAUCGCACUGAAGAAUUUAUCAUCGGGUGUCAACACAUACGAUUCUGCAUACAAUGAUGCUGUGGACCGAAUCAAUGGACAAGUCCCCGAUCAGACAGAAUUGGCUCUACAGGUUCUGUCGUGGGUCACUUGUGCCAAGAGACAACUCACUACAAUUGAGCUCCAGACUGCCCUUGCAGUUGAGAUUGGCGAGGAGGUCUUUGACAAAGAUAACGUCCCAGACAUAACCGACAUGGUCGCUGUCUGCGCAGGACUAGUCACAGUCGAUGAACAAAGUAAUAUCAUUCGUCUGGUUCACUAUACAGCGCAAGAGUACUUUGAGCGACACCGAAACAUCUUGUUUCCAAACGCCCAUCGCGAAAUUGGCACGACCUGCGUGGCUUAUCUAUCAAUCUUCAGCUUUGACUGUGCCGUGAACUUUACGGCCGUAUUCGGAUUUGACUCCAAGUUGAGAACUGAAAAUUUUCGAAAGAGGGAUGCGCUGUACGGGGAAAUUGACAAGGAUCCAUUCAGUGGCUAUGCGGCGGUCUUUUGGGGGCAUCACAUGCGAGAGAUGGCGGAGAUGGACCCAGCUAUCGAACAACAGACUUUGAGUCUUCUUGACGACGGAUCGAAAUUGAAUACAUGUCUUUGUAUCAUGUUCGCAAAAGACCUUGAGCUCUUGGGCAAAAAUCAGGAACUCUAUCUGCAUUGUCGCGAUGCCGUGUUGCACGAUAAUGAGAACAGUCCUUCAUCACUCCAUGUCGCAACGUGGUUUGGAUUGACCAGUUUGGUUCAACGGUUGAUCAAUCGGGGUGGUGAAAUUGACUACAUGGAUUGUUUCCUGCAAACGGCUUUAUCCCGGGCAGUGAGCAGAGGGUUUGGUGACAUAGCUUCGCUGCUAUUGCUUCACAAUGGAUCCCAACCAACUGACAGAAUCUACUUUCAAAGUGGGACUCUCCUAAGUUUGGCAGCCAGGUACGAUCAUCUUCAAAUAGCCGAUCUUAUUCUCGGUCGCGGGUGUGAUAUUAACCCCUGUGGGUCUGACAAACUUACCGCACUUCACUAUGCCUGUAUGUCUGGGUCUGAGCUCACAGCGAAGUACUUGGUGGCUCAGGGAGCCAACUUGGAGCUCAAAGAUCGCUCUGGAAGAUCGCCCCUUCAUUGUGCGACAGCAUCCGACCAUAUUUCCAUUGUCAUGAUCUUACUAGAUGCUGGUGCAGCUAUAGAUGAAACAGAUGAUGAUGGCGCCACUGCACUGUGGCAUGCAAUACAAUUAGGAUACUCUAAGAUCGGCCAAUUCCUCUGGAGCAGGGGUGCCAAUCCCAACGUCGCAGACACUUCAGGGGAUACGGCAUUGAUUCUGUCGUCAAAUUAUGGCCGAUUUGAAAUUGUUGACUUGCUCAUAAGCUGGAAAGUCGAUCUUGAAUGCGUUGAUACUUAUGGCCAAACUGCAUUGUUGGCGGCAGCAUCUGCUGGCCAUGAAGACGUUGUCCGACUUCUACAAGAGAAGGGUGCUGAUCUCCACCAUUCUGAUAACUCAGGACGAAAUGCCUUUUUUCUUGCGGUAUCCAAAGAGCACGAAGCUCUCGCAGCAGCACUUUCAUCUGAUUUCAAUCCGAAUCAGUCCGAUCGGUAUGGCCGCACGCCAUUGCAUGCUGCAGCCAUACUAGGUUAUGUCGGGGUAAUUCGCAUCUUGCUGUGCACAGAUGGGGUUGACUGCAAUGCUCGCGACAACUUUCGCCGCACUCCUCUAUACGAUGCUACGAUGCAGAGUCACCAUAAUAUUGUGGAAAUCCUUCGAGGGCACGCAGCGAUUUUAGACGGUCCGUCUGGUGUAUCCAAGCCUAUGGCAGAGCAUAGUGUCGUGUAUAGAGCCUGUGAUGUUUGCCUAUGUGAUAUCAUCCGUGGUGAGGUCUUUCACCAUUGCUUCACAUGCCACGGUGGAGACUUUGACAUCUGCGACGUGUGUCACCAGGUUGGGGCACGAUGUUUGAAUAGUGCUCACCAGCUGACUAUGCGUCCCAGCCGAAACAGAUAG